UGUUAAAAAAAAAAGGCAUAACAAAUAUAUUUUUGAAGUGGGUCCCUUAUACCAGAGUGUACAAGUGCCGGUGCCGCUUCCACACUACGCGGUGGUUCAUCCGGUAAUAGACGAUCUGUGGCCGCUCAGCGCUCAUGCCCGCCGUGGUGUCUGACUCCGGGAGGAUGGACGGUGUGUCGUUGGGACACUGCCUCUCAUGUCUUCCCAGUCUGGUGGCCACACCGGCCUCACCGCAUCCAAACUGCACCACAGAAUCAGAGGAGGACACCGUGAAUGGAGGGAUGCACACCUUCAACCAGACGCACAUGAGGAAGGCGUUUCAGCUGAUGAACGACCUGAGAAGUAAAAAGAUGCUGUGUGACGUCCAGCUGGUGGCAGGGAGCGUGGAAGUGCCAGCUCACAGGGUGGUCUUAGCAUCCUGUAGCCCCUACUUCUGUGCCAUGUUCACAGGUGAUAUGAGCGAGAGCAAAGCCUAUCAGGUGGAGAUCAGAGAAGUGGACGGUCAGACCCUGAGAAAACUGGUUGACUACAUUUACACAGCUGAGAUCGAGGUCACAGAAGACAAUGUCCAGGUUCUGCUUCCGGCUGCCAGUCUCCUCCAGCUGAUGGAUGUUCGUCAGGUUUGUUGUGAAUUCCUGCAGUCUCAGCUUCACCCCACCAACUGCCUGGGCAUCCGAGCCUUCGCAGACCUGCACACAUGCACACAGCUUCUCAACCAGGCCCACGCAUAUGCUGAGCAGCAUUUCACUGAGGUGGUGCAGGGUGAGGAGUUUCUGGGCCUUUCUCUGCAGCAGGUGUGCAGCCUCAUCUCCAGUGACAAACUCACUGUCUCCACUGAGGAAAAGGUGUUUGAAGCAAUGAUAUCUUGGAUCAAACACGAUCAGCCGGCUCGCCUGGAGUACAUGCCCAAAUUAAUGGAGCAUGUCAGACUUCCACUACUGUCCAGAGAUUACCUGGUGCAGAUUGUUGAGGAAGAAGCUUUGAUAAAGAACAACAACACCUGCAAAGAUUUUCUCAUAGAAGCCAUGAAGUAUCACCUGCUGCCGGCUGACCAGCGACACCUCAUCAAGAACGACAGGACACGACCACGAACUCCUAUCAGCAUCCCGAAGGUGAUGAUUGUGGUGGGUGGUCAGGCUCCCAAGGCCAUCCGCAGUGUGGAGUGUUACGACUUCCAGGAAGAUCGCUGGUACCAAGUAGCAGACUUGCCCUCAAGACGCUGCCGAGCAGGUGUGGUUUCUAUGGGAGGCAGAGUGUAUGCAGUCGGAGGCUUCAACAGUUCACUGCGGGAGCGAACGGUGGACGUGUACGAUGGACUCAGAGACCAGUGGAGCGCAGUGGCCAGCAUGCAGGAGAGGCGCAGCACACUGGGAGCUGCUGUGUUGGGGGAUUUACUGUAUGCUGUGGGAGGCUUUAACGGAAGCAUAGGUUUGUCCACAGUAGAGACGUUCAAUCAUAAAACCAAUGAGUGGAUAUACGUGGCCUCCAUGAACACACGACGCAGCAGUGUGGGUGUAGGGGUGGUGGAUGGUAAGCUGUACGCGGUAGGAGGCUAUGACGGAGCUUCACGUCAGUGUCUCAGCACCGUGGAAGAGUACGACCCGGUGUCUGAUCAGUGGUGUUAUGUAGCUGACAUGAGCACACGGCGGAGUGGAGCAGGUGUGGGUGUGUUGGGCGGUCAGCUGUAUGCAGCAGGUGGACAUGACGGUCCUCUGGUGAGGAAGAGCGUCGAGGUGUACGACCCACAGACCAACAGCUGGAGACUGGUGUGCGACAUGAACAUGUGUCGACGAAACGCAGGUGUCUGUGCCAUUAACGGGCUGCUGUAUGUGAUCGGAGGAGACGAUGGGUCCUGCAACCUUUCCUCUGUAGAAUUUUAUAACCCAGCCACAGACAAGUGGAGCCUCAUUCCCACCAACAUGAGCAACGGACGCAGCUAUGCUGGAGUAGCAGUGAUUGACAAGCCGCUAUGACCAGAAGCUUCACACAGCAUCAACUCUGAGUCAGCAGCCAGUUGCACAGAGACUCAUCCUGACAUCUGAAGCUCAACAGGCAAAUGGAGAAGUAACGCCUAUAAUAGAUAUUAUCCAGAAUGAAGAGACGCCCUCAAUCCUCAGCUAACACAGUCACAAAUCAAUCUUGAUUUUUGUGUGUGUGUUUUGGGGGCUUUACCCACAACCUAAAGUUGUUGCUGUCUCCAAGCCAUUUCCUUUAGAGCUCUGUGACAUCCUGACUUUUAAGGACACUGUUGCACUAGAUAGGAAGCAACGGCUUCAGGAUUGUGUUCUUAUACAAACUUCUGAGGAGAAGUUUCCAAACGCCAAGCACAUACCGAGCAGCUGCAUCAGCUGUCAUGAGACUCACUCAGAUGUGGACGUUGGAAAGACUCGCUGCCAGGAAGGAAGUGAUAUCGAUGCGCCAAAUGGAUGAAGUGCUUUCGAAGCUCAGUGGUAUAAUAGCAUUUACAUGUUGGACUGUAUCAGACUCCGAGAACUGAAUACUUUGAAACACCAGCUGACAAAACGUCGACUGGCUGCACAAAAUGCGCUGCUUCAGACGGACUGGCUGCUUACAGCAUUAAGGACGUCGCUGCAAUAAUCUGCACGUUGCAACGCUGGCCUGUGACUGGCUGUUGCAAGAGCUAUAUUCAUAAACCUGGAAUUGCGGGUGCGCAGUGGGAGCCAUUUAAAAAAAAAAAAAAGACUUGCCCCUGUUCUUAGAAUACAAAAAAUGCUUGUGGCAACUAUUUUAUCAGCUUGAAUGAGAGAAAUGAAUCGCGCUGUGUGACUCUUGUGCCGACCAUCAGCAGGUCCAGCAGUCGGACUAAAUGAAAAACGAGUUGCUGCGUGGUUACGUCUCAGUUGCCAGGAAGUAUCGGUUCUCAUCUCAAAGGCCAUUAUCUAAAAGGAGCUGCAAGAUAUGAUAAAGAAUGUACAAAACAUCCCUUAUGCAAAUGAAGUGUCAUAUUUAAUAUUUUUGAGUUUUCAAAGGGGCUGAGCACCACUGCUGUGGCUUCAGGCUCCGAGCCAGUUGAUCUGAAGUGAUGGGACUUGAUUCAGCACACUACUGAUGCACUGAUCAUUUGCACUGACUGCUGCAGACCGGCAGGCUGGCUGUCUGACUCACCGAUUGGCCGGCUUGACGUCUGCCCGUCUUUCUGACUGACCAACGAACUGGAUCGCCGACCUGCUGUUGGACAGACGGCUGCUCUGCUGUCUGUCUGUUACUGAUCACACUCAUGGGAGCUUUUAAACUCACCAUUUAAAAGCCAACAAUCAUCAGAAAUUGUAAACGAAAAAUGUGCCAGUUACGAUGAUCAGAACCAGAACAAUGCUGGAGAUGUUUUUAUCGCUUAGUAACAAACUGAAAUAAUGAAUUGUCUCUCCUCAUUGUCUUACGGAGUAUAUCAAAAUGCACUGUAAAAGUUCAAUUGUAAAAUUAUGUAAAAGAUGCAGGUUUAAGAUUUUUAUUUAUUGUUUUGGUUCAGUUGAUCACAUAGCAUUUACUAAUAACGAAGUCAUUUUGUCAGCCUGAUAAUGUUGCAUUCGUGCCCUCAUCACAUCCAUUUAGAUGACGGUGGGUAUAUUUUAGAUGUAGUUAUUAGUUCACUGAAUGGUGCCAUCGCUUUGAAGAAUAUAGAUUUAUCGAAGCUGUUUUAUACAAGGUUUUAUUUUAAUUUUUUUUGGGCCAACCUUCGAUUUCUGUCUGUGAUCUUCCAAAAAUCAGUUACUUGACGGAAUUGGAAGUACAUGAAAUGCUAAUAAGAUUGUACUGUUGCUAGUCAUUAGUCUCAUCCAGACUUGCAGGUUUAUGAGUGAAUGUUUCAUGUUAGUUUCAGUUCUUAUGAUUCAAGACUUGGAGCGACUUGAAAUAUGCUUCAGAUGCUGUAAGUGAUCACUGUGAACAUUCCAGUUUUUUGAGAGAAUCAGCAGAUAGCACCAGUUUGGGAGUAUUUGAAGCACAAAAUUAAAGUUGGAACUUUUUAAUAAGGUAACACUGCACACUAGAUCCAGAAAUAAUGUCACACUUUUCACUUUAGCAGCAAAGAAUGGAUCACAAACUGAGAAUAAGACUCUUGAAUAGCACGAGUGGAGAUAAUUUAAUGCACUUAGGCAAAUAAGAGGUGGUUUCAGGCACACAUGAGGACAUUGAAGCCUCUCAUCAGCACCUGAACCCACCACCGAAUAGGAUUUUUCCUCACAAUCAAAACUGUCAUCACUACUUUUUUUAAAAUACAAACUCCACACAGUUCACUGGCAUCUGUCUCAAGCUAAUUCAGGUCAUAUUUACUUGACGAUGUUCAGAAAAUAAUGGAAACUAAUGAAAAAAACAUUUUUCAAUCUAUAAGCGUUGUGAUUCUACAGACCAUAAUCGAUAGUAACUUAAUACUAUAUGCAGUUUGAUGGACUAAAAUGUAAAACAACACUUGUGUGGUUGAUGUUUAGAGUUAAUUCUGAUGUAUUUCAUCUUACAGAGCAUUUAGUCAUGUUGAUGAUGGUCAGAAUCUCCACAGCAGCUACUAAAUGGGCUUUGAAGUGAGAAUCUUUGUGGUAGCUGAAAUUUCCUAAUAAUGUUCUUACUGAGUGCAGAUGUUCUAUUUUUAAUAUAAACUGUGGAUGUUGUGAACCAA